CUAUCAACGUUAACUAUAAGUCCGUAUCAACUCUACUAAAGAGCGAUUAUCUCAUCUCUUGUCAUGGUUCCCAACACGAUCAAGGUUGCUCUCGCGAGCACCGUUGCCUUCUGGGGUUACGCUCAAGCAGAGGUCCAAGGCUUUGAUAUUUCCCAUUAUCAAUCCACUGUCAACUUCGCGCAAGCCUAUUCUAGUGGUGCUCGAUUUGUUAUCAUCAAGGCCACAGAGGGCACAACAUAUAUCGAUCCCAAGUUCUCAGACCACUACACCGGUGCCACGAAUGCCAAACUGAUCCGUGGUGGUUACCACUUUGCUCAUCCCAGUUCAAGUUCGGGCGCUGGAGCUGCACAGGCCAACUACUUCCUUGCCCACGGCGGCGGAUGGACAGGGGACGGUCUCACGCUUCCUGGCAUGCUCGAUCUUGAGUCCGGAUCUUCGGGCGAAUGCUGGGGAUUGUCUGCAAGCGCCAUGGUGACCUUUAUCGGGGACUUCAGCGAUACUUACCACACUAAGACGGGGCGAUACCCAAUGCUGUACACCAAUCCGUCGUGGUGGAAGGACUGCACAGGCAAUUCGCAGGCUUUCUCGAAGACAAACCCUCUGGUGUUGGCGCAUUACUCGAGCACCGUUGGGCCCGCCCCUGGUGGCUGGCCGUAUCAAACGAUCUGGCAGUACUCUGACUCGUAUGCGUAUGGUGGUGACGGUGACAAGUUCAAUGGAGAUGCUGCCGGUCUGAGCAAGCUCGCUACUGGCUGA